GCUUAACAGGCUUUUCAGUAUCGGUUAAGUUUACCUCUAAAUAUUUAAAUCUAUUAAGUGUGCAAUAUUUCGGAUUUUAAUGAUGUACAACAACCGACCCACGGCAAUCAGCCUAGAGGAGGAAGUUCAAUAUAUUUAUAAGUACCCUCUGCUGCCGACUCCACUGAUUGAUUAUGGAUUUAUCUACAAUCUGGUUUGCAACAAACCUCGGGAUGUCAGUCUGCCGUUGAUCCUAGAAAUUGAGCCGGAGUUCAAGCCCAAAGACAGUGCUUCGGAGAAGCCAAAGAAGGUGCCUAGGCUUUCAUACCAUUCCCGAUCCAGUUCAAUGAGUGAAGAUGAACGGGAACCGGAAGUUCAAGUUAAAUACAAGUGGAACUCGCCGCGGCUGAUGAUUCUCUGCGAAGAUGGAGACAUCAAUUGCGCUAUGCACUAUCUCGUUGAGUCUCUUCACGAUCCCUUCGCCUGCAAUGCGGUAGUCACUCUUUUCUUGCAGGAAUCCAUAUUGGAGGAGUUCGUAGAUCGCAUAAGGGAUCGCCUGGAACCCUUGAGCACUGAUAUCUCCGGGCAUCCGGCAUACAUAAAGACACUGGAGAGGCUAAGCCACUUAAAAGCAAAAACAAUAGUGGGAAAUCCCAAGACUGUUCCAGAAAAUGCUAGUCCCAUGCUGGUCUACGACCUGAACCAUCGUUACUUAGCCGAUGGACCCACCGGGGUCAUAACCCUGCAUACCUUUCGAACCAUGAAGGAGGCCGUUGAGCUGCAGGCUAAGGAACCACUUAACUUUACCUCUGUGUGCAUUUGGAACGAAAAACUGGCAGCCGCCUACGAACUGGUGGCCCGAUUAAGUUCUCUGAUCUUCACUAUUAAUUGCUACUACGUUAAUCUAAACGAAAUCACUCUGCCCUUCGUUUGCAACUUUAACUCCGCGAAGAUUGUCGACGGCUACCACUACGAGUCGUUGACCUUUCAGGGAAAGCGCAAAGUGGUUGUCCAUCCAGUUGGCACCAUCUGGGCAAAGUUGGCCCGCGAGGCACUCGUCCAGUACUGAUCUCUCCCAUCGGGGGACGCACUCGAACUUCUUUUGACAGCCAAUUUAAAUUACUAGUCAUUGAUCUGGGGGCACUGGCUAAUUGACUUUCCGGUUGGGCAACUCAAUUACCAAUUUAAUUGCUACAAAACGUCUGGCCGUCCCAAGAGUUUUGGCCUACCUAUUUUCCGGGGAAACUCAACAGGCCUUUUCCCCGAGCAUGAUCAAUGGAAAUUAUGAGUGACUUUGUAUUGCGAUAUUAAAAAUUCUUUCUGCG